CGUCUUCGACUGAACUGUGACUUUAACGCGGGAACGCGCAGGCGGCGCGCAAUCUACAAAGCGUCUUUUUGGUUUCCAAGGGAACGCUGGAAGGAAUAGAAUAGAUCGCGGUCCGUAAGGGAUUCUGUUUCGAAUCUUUGUAUGGAUAUCAGAAAAUAUUUUAAACUUUCUUUAUGGUUUAUUUUGCAUAAAGUGAGACGUACUGUUAUAUCACGGCAACUACUUACGUAGCUUUAUCGAUCAACGAUUUAAUGACUUCAUAAAAAGUCUGCUGUUGGGAGAGACAUGGAGUGUGACCCUCACACACUGCCCACCCUACCUCAAUCUGGGAGUGACAUGGAGUGUGACCCUCACACACUCCCCAAUUUACCUCAAUCUGCCACUCCUCCCACCACCCAUACCCAGUCCCCACCUUUCUCUUCACCUCCUCUGCAAGCGUCCUCCACUCUCCCUGUUUCGCUACCCCUCUCUCCACUAUCGAUCCCGGCGUCCCCUGAUUCCCCUUCACCCACGCCCCCGGCUUCCACCCACCCCAAGACCCCCUCCCCUUUUCUACAGCCCCUGUCCCCCCCCCAGUUCCUCGAUGACCAAAACAUUCCCUGCCUCAGCUCUCCUUCCAUGUCUGACCAGGGCGAUCUGACCUGUCUGAACUGGCUGCAUCAGAGAGGCAACCUGCUGCCCCUCCAGCCGCUGCCCAAAAUGACUCCGCUGCCCCAGCUGGAGCCGCUGUAUCCCAUACCGACCAGGCACCCUCUCUCCUCCCCCUCCAAGCCCCCAUACUCCUUCAGCAGCCUCAUCUUCAUGGCGAUCGAAGACUCUCCGGACAAGAGGCUGCCAGUAAAGGGCAUCUACGAGUGGAUAGUGAACAGCUUCCCGUACUACAGUGCGGCGCCGGCGGGCUGGAGGAACUCCGUUCGACACAACCUGUCCCUGAGCAAGAGCUUUCGUCGGAUUCACUGUGACAGGAGCCAGGUGGUCGGGAAAGGCUCGUUGUGGUGUGUGUCUCCAGAGCAUCGACCGGCUCUCCUGGAGGUGCUAAGGAAGACCCGCUAUUAUGACGGCACCAACGUGCACCUGCUGAACAACCCGGCAUUGUUGGAGGGAGCAGAUUACGACGUGCCUGUGGUGUCCGACACUGUGGAGAUCUCAGAUUCCCUUUCCCAAACCCUCCUCCUGUCCUCCCCCUCUUCAUCAGCUUUGACAUCAGACACGCCACCUCUUUCCUCGAACCCGGCGUGCCCUCUGACCCCUGAGGGCGACGAGCUUGUCACCAUGGAAGCGGUGGAAUACGAGGAAGCGGCCGGUGAGGAGAUGGAGAAAGACCCGCUGUGCGACAGCGGCUACAUAGAGUUACACUACUACCAGUAUCACCAGUACCAGUAUUUGGUCCUGCCCGGCGACACCGAACUGGACCUGGAGACCGUGGAGAUCCUGCAGCUGGAUGCUGAAGCCCAAGAGGCAGCCGGGUCACUUUUGGAUCUGGCUGGGGGUGGACAUUAGACUAACGCACCGAUCUUAACCUGCGUGAUUAAUGCAGUGGGGUCCAGAUCGACCUGAAAUGGGACACGAGGAUGUUAUAAUGAAACCUGGGGAAUAUUAAUCGACAAUGAACCGGCUGCAGGGCAGGGUGGGGCUGGCGACACUGCUUGAAAGUUGAUGUGCUGUCGGGAGGUAAUACAAUGGUAGCAAUUGAACACUGUCGCUUGUGUACUGAAACACUGCCAGUCACAAAACACUGCCAUGGGUGUAAGAUAUUGGUAGAAAUGAGAGAGGGAAAAAGAUCUGUGCUGUAUCAGUAUGGUGAUUCUAAGAAUCAAGACCUUUAUGUUUUGGGAAAAUAUUGCAGGUGAAUUAUCAUACAAGUCUACUGCCUGUUCUUCUGUUUUCAGAUUAAAAGGACAAAGACUGUUCGGUUUCAUUCUAAAUCACUGAUCAUGAUUAACCUUUUUUUUAUUUUAGUUUUUUAUGUUUUAGACCUGGGGUGUCCAAACAGUUCCAUGGAGGGC